ACAAGCACACAUGGCAGUAGGACUAGGACAGAAAAUCAUGGCAAUGAUCGGUCGGGGUGGGGGGAGGCAAGAACAAUGAAGGCUGGUUCAUAGCACUCCUGGGGUGGACAAGAAAAAUGGUGGCGGUGGGAUGUGAGUCAUGCUGCAGUGGGCAUCCAGUGAACAACAGAGUUCAGGACUGAUAAGGUAAAAAGUACCUUCAGGGGGUACUUUUGUGCAGGUCAGGAAGCUGGAGGAACAAUCAGCAGCAGCAAUUGCAGAAUGCAGCAGUCCAGGAAUGUAGGCCAGUAAUGCAAUGAAAAGGAGAUGCAGAACUCUCACAAGCAGCUCACACGUAGAGCAGGGCAAACUUCAAAAAGAAACCCAGGACAAACUUCAAAAAUCACAAAACAUGAAAGACUACUAGACAGAAUACAACACACAUGAUUCAGGAGCCCAGUGGGAUCGGCAGUUCUGCAAGGCAGCCACACGCUUGAUGGUUUCUGUUCUGAAUCAAACAGCCCCAGCAACAGCAGAAACCAGGCCCAUCACCUCUUUGACCUUGGAGAGCAGUGCCAAUUACCCAUAGAACCUCACUUUAUUACUCUGGAAUGCCAGGCUGGUCCAAAAUAUGUCUGAGAUCAUUCAUGACUUGAUUAUGGAUGAAGAAGCCAACUUGAUUGAAAGCCAUGGAAGAGAGUCUUAGCGGUCAGGGCGAGCUGCCUGUGGUGGUUCCUGACGAUGCAGCAGUUCCAGGGGCUCUGCAGCAGGAGGAGUUUUCGGCAGCAGGGGAGAUGUCAUCGGUUACUCAGCCGGGUGAGCUUGGACCUUUUGCACCACACGGUGGUACCGGCCAGUGGCCGUGGUUUCCCUGGCUGAUACCAGCUGCUGGGGGUUGGGGCUCUGCCCCGUGGGGGAUCACACAUACAUACCCAGGGGGGUUGAUGGGUCCUAUGCCAGGAGUGGGACCUAAUACUCAGGGGGUGGCUGAGCAGGUGUGGCAAGGAGUCGUGCCUGCCUCCGGUGGACUCGGGAUGACGCCCAUGCAGGCUGCAGGUUGGUAUCCCAGGGGGGUUCUGCCUACACCUCAACAUUCUCCGUAUGGGGCAGUGGGGUUGCCUUUAGGUGAUCACCUUUUACCAGCCACUAAGGAAAAGAUUUUAAAGGGGGAAUACGUUGACAUAUUCUCCUUGUUAUUUAGAGAGCCAGAGGUGAAACAUAAGGAGGGUGAGUCGUGUAAAGACCACGCUGUGACGAAGCGUAAGCCAGUUGAGAAGUCGUGGAACAACUGGCUUUCGGGUUUUACGAUCUAUAUGGGGGUGGUUAUUCCAGCACAGCCGGCCAGAGCCCUGGCAUUAGUAAAGUAUAUGGACAUUAUUCAUCGUGCUGUGUCGGAUUUUGCUGGCAAUGCUUGGGUGCGAUAUGAUGAGAAUUUUAGGAUGCGUGCCGCGUUGGAUCCAUCCAUGCCAUGGGAUGCGCCUCAUUUGGAGCUAUGGGUUCUCAUCAUGUCACCGACGCGACCGGUGGAUGGUGAUAGAUCGGACAGCGGGCAUCUGUUAUCCAAAGCUGUGGCCCUGUUUUCUCCCGCCAUAGCGGGCCAGCCGUAGGUUCAACCCCAGGCGGUUUGCUGGGAGUACAAUCGCAGUGGCCGCUGUGGAAGACAGGCCUGUAGGUUUAGGCACGGGUGUAGCCUCUGUGGUGCCAAGCACCUGUGCUCUGCCUGCCCCAGGGCUCGGGGCUUUGGGGUGGGUGGCAAGCCAAAGUUCGAUGGGAGUAAAAAGGGGGGCCCUCCUGGACCCCCUUUGGGUAAAGGGGCCCAGCCCAAUUAAAUUGGAUGUUUUAGAGCAGCUGUUACUGGGUUACCCUAAUCAGGGGGCCGCUGCCUUGUUGAAUUCUGGGUUUAAGGAAGGUUUUAGGAUUCCUUCGUUAUCUCAUAGGGUGGCCUUCAUGGCCGAUAACCUUAAAUCUGUUAGAGGGAUGGAGUUGGUAGUGGCCAGGAAGAUAGGUAAGGAAGUGGCGGCCGGGAGAGUGACCGGUCCUUUUGAUCAUCCUCCUUUUGAUAAUUUGAGGGUUUCCCCGUUGGGGGUUGUCCCAAAGAAGGCCCCAGGUGAGUACCGUCUUAUAGAUCACCUGUCCUAUCCUAGAGGGGGGUCAGUUAAUGAUGGGAUCCCAGAGCAUUUGUGUUCAGUUCAUUAUACCUCCUUUGAUGCGGCUGUUCACAUGGUAAGGAGUCAAGGGGUUGGGGCGUUAAUGGCAAAGUGUGACAUAGAAUCCGCCUUUCGAUUGUUACCCGUUCAUCCCAAUGAUUUUGACCUACUGGGGUUUUCCUUUGCGGGUCAAUAUUAUUUUGACCGGGCUCUGCCCAUGGGCUGUUCCAUCUCGUGUGCAGCCUUUGAGGCUUUUAGCACCUUUUUGGAAUGGGCUAUCAGGGAAAGGUCGGGUUCUAGGGCCACAGCUCACUAUUUAGACGAUUUUCUUUUUUCUGGAAGUGCUUAUUCUAAUGAAUGCCACUUCCUGCUUCAGAGUUUUAUUCAGUUGGCCAACGAGCUGGGUGUCCCGUUGGCCCGGGGGAAGACUGAGGGCCCCGUUGCUAAGUUAUCCUUUUUGGGUAUCGAGUUGGACACGGUUGUCGGUUGUUCACGUCUCCCAUUGGAGAAGUUGGCAACACUGCGGGGCCUUAUUGGGGCCAUGCAGGCAGCGCGUAAAGUUUCCCUUAAGGAGCUGCAGGUGGUUGUGGGUCAUUUGAAUUUCGCCUGCAGGGUGGUGGUACCCGGGAGGGAAUUUCUGAGGCGCCUUUGCGACCUGAUGUCCGGUUUGCGGGCUCCUCACCAUAGGGUGAGGCUUACGGAGGGGGUUAGGGCAGACUUGGCAGUCUGGGGCACAUUUUUACAGCAAUUUAAUGGUGUUUCAUUCUGGAGGGCGGAGCAGCUAGUUGAAGCGGAGCUGCAGGUCCAUUCGGACGCGGCUGGGGGAGCGGGGUUUGGCAUUUAUUUUCGUAGGCGCUGGUGUUAUGGGCGUUGGCCAGAUGGUUGGGAGAGGGCCGGUAUUACUAGGGACCUUACCUUUUUGGAAUUGUUCCCCAUUGUGGUAGCAGUGCACCUUUGGGCUGGGGAGUUCUCUAACUCCACAGUUCAGUUUUGGUGCGACAAUCAGGCAGUAGUGCAGGUUGUUAAUUCCCAGACAUCACGGUCCCCUCGGGUCAUGGGCUUAGUUAGAACUUUUGUUUUGCAGUGUUUACGUGCCAACAUUUUAUUUGUGGCGUGACAUGUUCCCGGGCUUCAGAAUGACGUCGCUGAUGCCCUGUCUCGGUUUCAGUUGGACAGGUUUCGGGAACUGGCGCCAGAGGCUAUGCGGGACCCGGAGGUCAUGCCGGAAGCCCUGUGGCGGCUUGGCGCGUAGCUGCGCGGCAGGCCAUUGAUGCCUCAUUGGCGCCCAGUACCAGGGUUAGUUAUCAGGCGAAGGUAGGGGCAUUCUCAACAUUCAGAAGACAAGAGGGCCUUGUGGAAACAUGGCCCGUGUCUGUGGAACACGUUAUGCAGUUCCUGGUGUCUCUUUUUAGGGCAGGUAAGGCGGUCUCGACCAUGGGGGGCUAUGUCUCCGCUCUGGCCUUUGAGGCUCAGGUGCGGGGUGUUCAGGACACUACAGGUGAUCCUAGGGUUAAAUGCAUGCUUGAGGGGUGGGCGCGGCAGCAGCCCAGGGGCCCGGAUAAAAGAAGGCCACUGACCUUGGAUGUGGUGGCGACGCUGGUUCGCCAUUUACCUGGCUGUUGCUCUUCUCCUUGGGAAGCCACGUUAAUGAAGGCUGCCUCGUUAGUCUACUUUUGGGGGGCUUUUAGACCCAGCGAAGUUUUGCCACGGGGCAGGCAUUCGCCUGCGGGGCGUUGCCUACAGUUUGGGGAUAUGGCAUUUGAGGGUAGGGGAGUCACGUUGCUACUCCGUAGCUCCAAGACUGAUCAGAAGGGGAAGGGGCAGGUGAUUAAGCUCCAUGCUGCCUCGGACCCGGGGAUGUGUCCGGUGCUGGCCUUACGGCAGUAUGUGGCAGGCGGACCCAAGGCAUCUGGGUGUUUAUUUGUCCAUGAGAGGGGGGAUCCUUUAACCCAGUAUCAGCUAUGGGCUGUCCUAAGGAAGGCUAUGGCUUGUGCUGGUGUGUCGGAAUUGGGGUUUAGCCUGCACUCAUUUAGAAUUGGGGUGGCUACUAUGGCCAGUGGCCUUGGUUUGGAGGCAAGGGAUGUGCAGAGGAUUGGACGGUGGAAGUCUGAUGCGUUUUUACGCUAUGUGCACUAAGGCGACGCAGUUGCGGUGUUUGUUACCUGUUUAUUCUUUUGACAGGUGCUGGCGGGGCAGCAGCUCUGGGGAGAGGUGCUGGCGGGGCAGCGGCUCCUGCGAGAGUACUCCUGUGUGGCCAUUCCUUGGUGUUUUGGGCAUACAAGAGGGCCAGCGCCUCACGUUUUGGGACCCAACUCGGUCUGGGACAGCAGUCCAAGUUGUCAUGGUUGGGUAUGCGGGGGAUGCUUUGGGGGCAAUUACUCCCAACUCUGUUAGAUUAUAUUGAUAGGUGUUCAUGUCCGGAUAUUUUGGUCAUGCAUUUGGGUGAGAAUGACUUGGGCAAGCGACCAGGACUCUCCAUCAUUUAGCAAGCCUCUUCUGAUUUUGGGUCCCUGCAAAGUAGAUUUCCAGGGAUGGGGAUUGUGUGGGUUGAGUGGCUCCAGCGCAGAGUUGGGCGCGGGGUGCACUCGCUAAGGGGGGUUGAACGAGCUCGGCGUAAGGCGUCUAAGGCUAUUGGCCAGCUCGUUCUUAAUGACGGGGGUUGGGUGUUGGCACAGCCAGGCCUGUCGGCCUCCUUGCCUCACCUGUUUAGGCCUGACGGGGUACACCUGUCCAUUCAGGGCUGUGAUUUGUACCUCUCCAAUAUUCAGAGGGGGCUUGGGGAAGUUGUUGGGGAGUGGUGGGGCAGGAAGGCCAAGCUAGGCUGACCUCCCUGUGUGGCAGGGACAGUGCGGGUUGGGUGAGAAAUAGUUGGGUUUAAGUUUGGUGAGCACCCUUGGGACGAGUUAACUGGUGAUUGGUCAGUCGCUCCUUUGUGGCUUGUGUGGCCCAGGGAGGACAACUUGCCAUGAACUGGCUUCAGGACUUUGCAGAUCCUUGGGCUGCACGGCCCGGGGUGUGCAAAGCCUAGAAGGUUCCAGACCCUUGAUUGGGGUUGGUUGAAAGGAGACGGAUCAGGCCAGCGCCUGAUGCUCUCCUGAGCCAGGGUGUGUCGCCCAAGCAUGGUCAGGGGUGGACUCGGGGUCCAAACCUGGCCAAUGCUAGGCCCCGCACUGUCUGGGUGAUUGAACAUCACUGUCUGGUUCGCUUGCUCAUAGUUGAUUCUUUCAAUAAAGUUAUGACCAAUUCACCCAACAAAUUGUGUCGGUGUCGUCUUUGCCUGGGGUCUGGGGACAAUGCCCCUCCUCUGGCCUCGUUGCCUGGGGAGGGCUAUUUGUCCCAGCCCCUGCAACAGGCAAAAGAGACGCCUGAUUGGCUAUCGGGCCGGAGGGGCGGGGCUUGACGGCCGUUAUCGGCGUCUCCCCGCCCUUGCUCUUCAGUUCGGCCCAAGUUUUUCCCACCCUCCCACCCUGGUAGCAGAGCGGGCCUAGCGGCUGGUCGCCCUGUUGGGGGCUGAGUAGGAAUUUUUUGCUUCCAACAGAUUGGCAUUGGUUGGGGGUUUUUUCGCCUACUCGGUUCUGUUGCGUUAAGGGUGUAGUUAUUUAGGCAGGUCAUGACAGGCAGGGACAGUGCGGGUUGGGUGAGAAAUAGUUGGGUUUAAGUUUGGUGAGCACUCUUGGGAUGAGUUAACUGGUGAUUGGUCAGUCGCUCCUUUGUGGCUUGUGCGGCCCAGGGAGGACGACUUGCCAUGAACCGGCUUCAGGACUUUGCAGAUCCUUGGGCUGCGCGGCCCGGGCUGUGCAAAGCCUAGAAGGUUCCAGACCCUUGAUUGGGGUUGGUUGAAAGGAGACGGAUCAGGCCGGUGCCUGAUGCUCUCCUGAUCCAGGGUGUGUCACCCAAGCAUGGUCAGGGGUGGACUCGGGGUCCAAACCUGGCCAAUGCUAGGCCCCGCACUGUCUGGGUGAUUGAACAUCACUGUCUGGUUCGCUUGCUCAUAGUUGAUUCUUUCAAUAAAGUUAUGACCA